UUGCACAUGCUCAGUAGGAGGGGGGAUACGGAAGUGUGUAUACACGUGGCUGCUGGGAACAGCUCCAGCCUGUCAUGCACCUUUGCUCUGUGUUGUCACAGAUGUCCUGAUCACUGCUGUCAAUCAUAGUGAUAAACACGCAGGCAGGGCUGGCCCAAUCAGAGGCUCCCGUACACUGGGACUGCUGCGGAGGGCUCAGUAAUUUGGAUUAUUCCAAGAUUGACCUCCCUGCCAUGGCUGACUUGUCACACUACGUGGACUUUAAAGAGUACAAUUUCCUGUUUGCGGUGGCCUGCAUCAUUUUCAACCCGCUUUUCUGGAAUGUGGUGGCAAGAUGGGAGUACAGGACCCAGACUCUCUCAAGGCUUUUUGGGUCACCUUAUAUCGGCUGCUACAGUCUGGGGGCCGUCAUUAUAUCCCUAGCGCUCUAUAGAAGUCACUGCUUUACAGAAGCAAUGGCCUUUCAACCGCAGUCCGAAUUCCUGAAAAGACAAACGUUUUAUUACCUGGGGGCGGCUCUAGUCGCUGUGGGCGGAGUUCUGGUCAUUUCCAGCUUCCUGGCGUUGGGAUUCGUCGGAACAUAUUUAGGAGACUACUUUAGAAUCUUAAUGGAUAAGAAAGUCACCGGCUUCCCCUUCAAUGUCAUGGAAAAUCCAAUGUACUGGGGCAGUACAGCAAAUUACCUGGGACUGGCCUUGUUGAACUCCAGCCCAGCAGGUCUUGCCCUCACAGCGGUGGUCAUCAUUUGCUACAAAGUCGCCAUUUUGUUUGAAGGUCCAUUUACAGAGGAAAUUUACAGGAAGAAAGACAAAUCAAAGUAGAAUUUCAGCAUUUAAAAAUUACCGGAAAAGCCAUCUCUACAUUCAAAGGCACCCCAACAUGUAGCAUUGUUUAACCACUGGACCUCCGGAAGGUUUCAUCCUCUUUCAUGAUCAGGGCAUUUUUAGCUAUUCAGCACUGCGCUACUUUAACUGGCAAUUGCGCAGUCAUGCAACACUGUACGCAAAUGAAAUUUACUGUAU